AUGCCAUCAAGAAAGAAAAACGCAGGAGCCACCAAAAAACACACGGCCCGAUUGAACCAUCGGCUCAAAGGAGAUUUGGUGAUUGAGGGGUUUAGGCGUCUGGCGGAUAUAGGUAUACGGGGAGUCGAUGAUUGGGAGUCAGUCGAUGGCCCCGGCAGCCCGUCCAAGCUCUUUGAUUACCCAGGCACCUCGACCGAAAAUAUCAACCUCCAGUUACAUUCGUGGAUCCUACCCCUCUUGAGACACCAACUGGUCGCCCUCCUGCCAUUGCUAGAGCCGGCUCAACUGCGGAAAAGGCCAGUGACAACACUCAAGCUGAUCUCCGAGCUCCAAGUCGCCAUCGCUCACUCCAUGACUCGAGUCCACGCUGCGCUUGCGCUCAUCCAUCCACGUCCAUUAUCUUCCAACAACCGAACCGACGAUGGUCAUCUCAAACAAUUUAAAACUUUCAGGCUGCACACGCUGAUGUAUGUGACUGGUGCACUCAUCCACGAUCCCAUUCAUUUUUUUCAGUCGGCCGGGGAACACAUCAAACAAAUUGGGUUCUCUACAAAACAAUCGACGGACCAAGUCGGCGCAGCUGCCUCUUAUCUGGAAUACCACGAAGACACUUUGCAUUCGCUCGACGUGGCCAUGGAAUGCACGGAAGUGGAAUCUGAAAUGCAAUUCAUCGAAGAUUACUGGUGCGACGAAAAAGCAUGGAUCAACGUGUUGCUCGGAGAAAACUUGCGUAUGAUCGAUCCCACAGUUCACGCGGAAGAUGACAUUCAAAUUACACGAGCGCUUCCAUGGAAUACGGCCGAAGUGGUCUGUGGACCGCUACUCGAGCUCCUUAAGUUGCUGGUACCAAUCUGGAAACUUUUCCGAACGUUAUACAGAACCUUGCAGAAGAUCAUCGAUAGGGAGGAGCUACCAACUUACUCGGACAUGAACUCUCGUCAACUGAGCUGUCUAUGUCAAUUUCCUGAAGACACUGCCCGACAUCUGCAGGAGAUCUUGGAGCUCUUGCACGAAGCCAAUGGAGAAAUCUCCCCAAUUGCCACACGCGAAAUAUGCGAUCUUAUUCUGGAUUCUUGCGAAUGUAUAUCUGACCGCCUUUCAGCGGUAUUGCUCAUCGCACUCCUUCAUCUUGUCCCCAUGAUCCCCGAAGACGAUGGCCUUCCCGAUCAGAAUUACUACCAAAGCUGGUUUCGUAUGUGGCAUGAUCUGAUGAUUUUAGCCUUCGAUCACUUCCUGGCUUCUCUCCGCAGAUUUAGAGAGACGGCCUCAUAG